GACGAAAUUUUAAUCAAAAUAGAAGCAGCAAACAUCAAAAGAGAAGACAGAGAAUAUUAGGAAAGCUUCACUAACAAGAGAAGGUCCCCCAAGUCCCUGAAGGGGCAGAAAAGAACUAUCUAUCCACCGAGGAGGAGUAAACCACCGUUAGGCUAGUAAACAGAAGAGUGUCUAUGAGCCGAAUUAGCACUUACCAAGAGAACCACUGCGGAGGGACACAAAAUGAAGAAAAGGAGGAGAGGGGAAUACAAAUAAAGAGGAGAGGAGUCUCAUUCGCUGGCUGCGGGUUCAUGGGGAUGUAUCACGCUGGAGUGGGCCAAGCAAUCCAAGACCACUGUCCUCAAUACUUCAACAACCUUGACAACAUGUAUGGAGCCAGUGCUGGCUCCAUUGUGGCUGUCUUUGGCUCCUGUGGUAUCCCAGCUAGAGAAGGAUACAAGUUUAUUAAGGAGCUUUACGACAAAGCUCACUCAAAUUCAUGGCUUGGACGACUUUCCUGUCUUCAUCCAAGAUUCGAUUUGAUAAAGAAUGUUAGAGAGUUUCUAGAGAGAGUUCUACCCUCUGAUGCACACAGACGGUGUAGAGGGAGAGUGGGUGUGUCUCUCACAAUUGUACCUUCGCUCAAGAACUGGAUUGUAUCCGAUUUCAAUACCAGAGCCGAAUUGAUACAAGCUGUUAUCUGUAGCUGUUUCAUUCCUUUCUAUUGUGGAGUAAAGCUGCCAAAAUUCAGAGGAAAAUAUUGUUGUGAUGGAGGCGUUUCUUGCAACAUGCCAUACAGCUCUGACCCACAAGUCAUCACUGUAUCUCCUUUUAGUGGAGAGUGUGACAUCUGCCCCUCCAGUAACAAUGAGUCUUACUAUCAGACGUACUUAAUGAAACAAACGGUUCACAUCAGUGUUGAUAACAUAUACAGAGGGAUAAGUGCCCUCAUCUUCUUGCCAUGGGCUGAGAUGGAGGGCCUUUUCCAGCAGGGGUAUGAUGACACACUCUGUUUUUUAAAGAAGGAAGGUGUUAAAACAAUAGUCCCUCCCCCUCUUCUCGAGACGGCAGCUGGUGACUCACUAUCAAUUGAUGAAGCCACUAGUGAUUAUUAUUCUCUUCAACCCACACCAAACCAUUCAAGACAUUCCUCGUCAGUAACUGAACUCUCCAGUCCUCCUCCUACCUCUCCCUCUUCCUUCGUUUGGUCUUUCUCAUUAUAUUCAUCAGGACUCUAUACUCACUCACCUCAGGUUCUACUGAGUGUGGGUAAAGAGGUGUGGUCAAGGCUUGGUACUCGCUGGAAAAGGUUUCUUCACAAAUUAUCAAUGAAUUCUACAGCUGGUACUGUGUAUCAACAUGACAAUGGGGGACACUUCUUUUUAUCUUCACCGCCACAAAUUAUAAUUUCCUGACAUCAAGAGGAAUAUUAAAUGCUGUGUUAUAUUUAAUUGUUGCUUGUUCAUGAAUUGUUUAUUUAUUAUGAAUUAU